GGAAAAGACCGUAAAUCGUGGAGAAAACAAUGCGAGGGGCUGGUGGUGAACCUGAAAACAAAGUGUGGUAACUAUCAAGUUCGGGGCUUUUAUCAACCUUUUCUGCAUCCACAGAAGCCAGAAAUCGUCUUCUUCAAUUGGCUUGACAGCUAUAGCUAUGGCAAUGUUGUAUUUUGCUGUGAUUUGAGAAGGGGAGAGCUAGAGCUCUUCACUAAACUAGAAGAGAGACCGGAAGCCUCUCACUUUAUGGUGUUCAAUCCGAGGGCUUCUAGCUGGUUUACUCCAAUUCCAGAAUUCGAGAAGGCGCGAGGCAAUCACAAGAGCGGUGAUCAGCCAACUUCCUCCUUCAAUAACGAGCAGUGCAGCAUUCAGCAUGGUGUUCCAACCAAGAGUCUCUUGCUGACUGACUCUAAUUCCAAGGAUUUGUUAAACGAUAUGAGUUUCAGGAAAUGAUAUAUUUGGAAUGGUUCACAAUUUUUCUUCUCUUUUUGUACAAUAAACUUGGUGGCUUAUGUAGUUGAUGAAUCCAUGGGCCUGAAGGCCAAAAAUAGCAGCAUCCAACAACAGAUGAUAAAUAUGAAGUGGUAUCGAAGUCAAAACACCUGAGCGAGGUUGAGAUUGGAACUCAGUUUGGAACCAAGUAGCUGCAUUUCUAUUACCUUUGAGGUGUUUACAGAUAUAUGACUAGAACUCAAUAUUGCAGUCGGUCGGCCUCUCUGAGAUAUCAUUAGGCUGAUGGUGAAAGGGCCACUAUGAGAGGCUUUCAUGUCUGUUACUAAUGAUUCUUCCCACACACACUGUAGUGGUUCUUCUAUAUAGCUAUAGUUAUAAGACGUAUGAUUUUAAACCACGUUUGCUAUUUGACUGCAGCUGCCUUUUGGCAGUUGUCUCGACUAGAUUCAUAUUCGCUCCUAUCAUUUUGAGAUGGUGAUCCAUCUCCGCGAUUAAGAUUAAUAGAAGC